AUGAGUUACUACUUGUAUAAAGUAUUGAAAGACAAGCCACCACAUGUGAAAUCCUUAAGAGAGUCUCUGUAUUGGGGUUUAGUUGAACCAUUCUUCAAAGAAGAAGAAGAAAACAGGCCUCCAAAAGACGUAACGUCUGAAAGAGAUGUAUACACUAAGAUUCCUCAAGCUAUAGAGAUGCUUAUAAGUUUCCAUGAUAGUGUAGUAGUGAGUAAGAAGGUGGAAGUGGGAUUUGUUUUAAAUAAGAAGGUUUAUGUUCCAACAGCAGAUGACUUUGUUGUUUUCUUCAAUGUGCAAAGAAGGCCUGAAGAUGAUGAGUUGAAGAAGAAAUUGAAAGAGAGGCGGAAUGCCAAAUUCCUUGAAGCCGAAAACUUCUCACUCCAAGAGAUCUACUAUAGGAUUGAAGGGAGAGAUGAGUUCUUAAGAAAGUUCAUUGCUGACAACAACUUCCUUCGGAGCGUUUAUGAAGCCAACAAGGAUAAGAUUAAUUUGAGAGAUGAUCAAAAGCAACAAAUGGAUGACGUUUACAAGAACUUGCAGGAUUGGGAGGAUUUGAAAAACACACCAGAAAACCUCUCAAGGGAGAAGAAGUACAAGCAGUGGAGCACAAUAUUUUAUGGUAAAAGAAUCAACCGACAAUCCUCCGAAAAUGUAAACGAGGAAGAAGCUAAUGCAGGAGACGCUUCAUCAACAGAAAAAGUGAGCGAAGAAGAAAUCACUCAAGAUGAUGGACAACAAAAUGAAGUUGUUCAAGAUCACCAACAAUUAUCAGGAGAUGAAUCUGAAGUUCCUAAAGAUGAUGUAGUUGAAACUGAGAAAGAAGAAGAUGAUAAAGAAAAUGAAAAUCAGCACAUGAACCAAACAGAAAAUGAGGAAGAAUCUGUACCAGAAAAGGAGGUUGUUAAGGAAGUCAAGGCGACAGAAAAUGCAGAUGAGACAAUGCACAUGAGCGAAGAAAAUUUUGUUGCUGGAUCAGCAACACCAAUAACUGUAGUAAAGCCAACAUUUGACAGAAAAGAUUCAACUGAGGUAGACAUGCCCGAUAGUUUGGAUGAGUUGAUGAAGAAUGUGGAUACAGACGAGAUAACUGAAAAAUAUUUUUCUAACAUAGAGCAAAAGCAAAGAAAUAGAGAGACACAAGAACCAGUUAGAGAAAAAGGAGAAAAGAGGACUCCAGUUGCACAAGUUGAGAAAGAGCAUGCAGCAGAAAGGGAAGUAGCAUACACUCAGACUGCACCAAGCAAGAACAAAGAAUGUGCGCAAGACAACUCCAGUGAAAAGACAUGUCCAGUAGAAAUGGAGGAAGAGCAAGAAAAGACAAGUACAAAUGCAAUGGAGGAAGACAAAGUUGAAAGAACAAGUGCAGUUGAAAUGGAUGAGGAACCAGUUAGAGACGAUAAAGAAAGGACAACUCCAAAUAAUCAAGAAGAUGUAACAGAAAGGAAAGAAGCAUAUUCUACACAAGAGAAUGAGGGUGAUAAGAAAAAAGAAGAUGAAAUGGAGGUUGUUCAACACACUCCAACAUGCAUGCAAAACCAAUCAUUUGAAGGUCCAACUUUAGAUUUGCAUUUGGAUUCUCCGGCAGCACCAGUCCCAUCUUCUCAGAUAAUUGAACAACCAAAAGCAGACAAAGAGAGUGACUUAUCAGAAACUGAAGAGCAAGAGGCUGAAGAGAAAGCUGCUGUUGGUUCUAUUAUUAAAGAUACAAGAACGAUCCAAGGGAGAGGAAGAGGAAGAGAUUAG